UUAUCUCUUUUUUCACAACAUUAAUCUACCAUGGGCAAAAGCGAAAUUAAGGAUAAGAAAGACAAGAUUGUCAACAAGAAGGAAGACAAGACUGUAGCUAAAAAGGAAAAGAAGGAGAAAAAAGAAAAGAAAGAGAAAAAAGAAAAGAAGGAGAAAAAGGAAAAGAAAGAGAAAAAAGAAAAGAAAGAGAAAAAGGAAAAGAAGGAGAAAAAGAGAAAGCAUGAGAGUAGUGAAAGUGAGGAAGAAUUCAUCAUUCACGAAAACCACUUUAAAAAGACCAAGGUGGACCAUACUAAGGCUACAGCUAAGCCAACAGCACCUGCAGCAGCAACGGCACAGGAGAGCACACCGGGCGCUGGUUGGAACGACUGGAACAAGGCCUCAUUUGACGGUGACGAUGCCAAAAAGAACAAGUUUCUUCGCUUAUUGGGGGCCAAGAAGUCACCCGCUGAAUCCUUCACACCUGCCAAGAAAUCAGGCGGUUUGUAUGGUGGAUUAAAGAGUGCAAUUGACGAGGAUGAAAAGGCCCGUAUCACAAAUGAUUUAGAAAAACAAUUUGAUUCGGGUUUGCAAUUAAGAAAGCAAAUGCAAAUGGGUCGUCGUGGAGGUUUAGGAUGGAACUAGUAAACUGAACAAAAAAAAACACACU